AGAUAUAAUGAACAACAUAACAACAGAGCUAAUCUGCUAUCCACCGUCAGCCGAUACGACGUGACAAUUUGAUUUAAUAAUACUCUGUGAUACAAGUGUAAUUUGAAUGGGAGGUGCAGAGCUAACCUUCAAUGAAAACAAGAAACCCUCGUUGGUUUUCCAGGAGAGUCAGUGUCAACUCUGCAAGUACACUCUCCGAGACCCCCUUUCAGCCUCUUGCAGACAUCCGUCCUGCAAGAGUUGCCUGGCAGUCCUUUUCACCCGGGACCUCCCACCAAUUGACAAAGUAUUGUGUCCAACAUGCAACUGUCUGCUCAAGCUAAAUGAGUUAAAGCCUGAUGUGGCAGCUCAAAAGAGGCUACAAAAGAUUAAGUCAUGCAAGUGUAAAAAUUGUAGCUGGAAAGGGUCCUACACUGAUUAUAUUCAGAAUCAUGAGCGGAACUGUGGCGGAGUCGCACGCAUUCAAUGUAAGGUGUUUGGAUGCGGGAAAUGGCUGCCAGAGAAACGAGCGCUUGACGUCCAUCGAACAGACGAGUGGUGUCCCAUGAUACUUAUCAUGAAAGCUAGGCUAAACCAUGCAGAAAUUGUACAUCUCAGUAUGAGGGUAAGUAUUGGAUAUUAGCCUAACUGGCCUUUAGUCACAUAAUUUUAAGCCUAGUUACCACCCAAUUAUAUUGGAACUAUUCAACAACUUGCUGGCAGCUUUUACUAGUAUCUUGAUGCAUUCAUUCCAAAACUUGUAUGACCCACGUUUGUUAAAAAUGAGAUAAAGAAAUGAAAUGUAACUCCAAGGAAAACCCUUUGCCUAUUACCAUACCCAAAAAGAAAAAAAGUAAUGGUACUUGCAUGAAGAUGAAAAUUUUGCUGCUAGCAGCUUUUAUCUUGAUGUAAUCAUUCUAAAGCUUGCAUGACCCAUGUUUUGUUUUGUUUUUUUGAGAAAAGGAGAUGAAAUGUAACUCCAAGGAAAAUCUUUAGCUUAAUACCAUACCUCAAAAAGAAUAAAAAAAGAUAAUGAUAUUAAUGAAUGAAGAUCAAGUUACUUGGCUUUUUGCAUUUGAUUUUGAACACAUGCACACAGAAACCAAGUUGUACCUGAAAGAACUUACUCACUCUUUACAUUUUAUCAUGAGGGUCUGAAUACACUUUAAUAAAAAGUGACUUUUUUUCGUUUCAUCCAUUGUAUUUAUCACAUCUAAGUAAUCUCAAUAUACACGUACGAUGAACAAUAAAACAAAAAGAUCGAAAACAAAGUAAUAUGAAUAUAUCUUUGAUAAGAGGAUCAUUGAAAGCUCACAAAUAGCUUGUGGGAAAUGAUACUCAUUAAAAGAAUUAUAAAUAGAAUGUACCUUUGGUUUACACCGAAAGUUGAAGUUGGUUAAUCAGUAAUUGAGAUCUAUACAUUACAUUAACGCCUGUGUAAAAAUACCUCCCAAUACCAAGGGAUAUUAUUCUCAGGUUACCUAGCAACACGUCAAAGAAUCAAAGGAGGCAGCAAUAUGUGGUAAAAUACAUGUAUCAGUUUCACUUACCUAUUCUUGGAAUGGCAGCUCAGAUCAAGAUGCUAUUACCAUGUCCAUACAAAUCAAUAAACAGAAACAGCUGAAUUAUAAUAUUCCAAAUACCAAUGAAUCAUAGAUUAACACUAAAAUGUGUGAUAAAAUUGAUCAUCCAAGUAUCAAAUGACUGUUAAUGGAUACAGACAGACAGCAUAGAACUUGAUAGUUUCAUGUAGUAUUCCAGCAAUGUGUUGAUCAACAGUUACGCAAUAUUUGUUUUUUUUUCCUGGAGGGCUGGAGACGUCAUAGCAUCUGCUGCUUUGAUUACAUGAUAAGAAUUAAAAUAUUGGUUAAUAUAAAAAGAAAGCACUCUUGACCUCUAUGGGCAUUUCCCCUUUUUCUGAUUUGUAUUACUCAUCAGUGCUGAUUGUGGCAGAGAAUGUACCUGUUGGCUGCUGUGUUUAUUUUGGUCCCCUAUAAAUCAUUGUCCCUUGUCUUUUUUUCUUUGCUUGUGACACAGAGGAAAAUGAGUGAUGCAUACAUGCACAUAUACUGUACAUAUAUUCAAAUAUAAAUUAAGCACCCUAUCCCCCCCCCCCUCCUUAUUAUCAAAAAUUCAUGUUCGUCAUUGUGUUUUACAAAUAAUUUUGAAUUCAUUCAUUGACUCUCCUUCAUAAUUUUCAUUAAUCGAUACUUUAUCCAUCCAUUUAUAACUACUAUAGGUGCUGUUAGCCACCUAUGUAUUUGAAUUUCCUUUUAAUUGUAAAAUAAAUCUACAAUUCAAGUUUGGCCAACUUAUUAUUAUAAAACAAUCCUGCCACAUCAUAGAACUAUAUGACAUAUUAGGACUACGACCUGCUUCACAGCCAUUGUAAUUAGUACUUGGAUAAUUAGUUGGACGAAAUCCGCCUCAAAUAUAUCAAAACAUGAAUUAAUCCUACAUAUUUUAUUUCCCUUUCAAUUUUUUUCCUCACUGACUAUAGAUCUUCUGCAUGAUGAUGUAGGUAAAUGGUUUGUGUUCAAAAUAAAAAUUGUGACUUAAAAGUAAAUUCAACAAAAGAAAUGAUUUGUUUGAAUAGGGGAUGGCAUCUUAUAUCACAUGUUGAGAAACACAACUGCUUUGCCAAAUUUCUGAUUGCCCUAAAACUGUCUAAUUCUUUUUUCACAGUGGAAAUGAAUGAGAGAAAUUUUCACCAUUUAUAACAUAUACAUUCUUUUAGCAUGUCCUGUAUUAUUUAUUUAUUUCCGUUUUAUUUCAGCAGGGUAGCCCUUUCAGUUACAAAACUGCUUUACCAAGGGGCCCUGCACAAUAAAAAAAUAAAUACAUAUAAAUAACAAUUUACACACAAAUAAACUACUUAACUAUAUACUUAACUACAAUUAUUUACUCAAGUAAAAUCACAUUAAAUU